AUGCUCUUUAAAGUGCUCCCUUACUCUGACUAUGUGAUGAGAGAGGGAGGAAGAGAGGGAGGGGUGGAGAAAGAGAGAGUGGGUAGAGUUGUGUAGGACCGUGUGCCUCUCCUCUCUGUCAGAGAUGGAGAGACGUACUGCUGUGAGGCUGCCUGACCUAAACAAGGUUUCCAACAGAGCAGGCCUGUCCUGUCUCCCGCUCUGUCUCCAUCGCCCACAGGGAAAGAGCAAGAGGAGGGAUAAAGUGGUAGAUGAUGUUAAAGGGGGAAGGAUGGAAGAAGGGAAUGAGAUACAGAGGGAGGGAGAGAUGGGAAGGAAGGAGAGCGAGAAUCAGAUCCAGUGUGAUGGAUGGAGGGAAAGAGAGACAUGGAAAAAGAGCUACAGUCUGCCUCCAUACACAAAGACACCACAAGUCUGUCAUUAGCAUAAUAAGAGUGGGAGGCUCCAGGUAAAAUAACAGCCAUUGGAGAUAAUGGCAGCUAGUCUGCCUGACUGGCUGCCUGACUGACUGACUGGCUGCCUGACUUGCUGACUGACUGACUGGCUGACUGACUGACUUGCUGACUGACUGGCUGCCUGACUUGCUGGCUGGCUGGCUGACUGACUGACUGACUGACUGGCUGCCUGACUUGCUGACUGACUGGCUGCCUGACUUGCUGGCUGGCUGGCUGGCUGGCUGACUGACUGACUGACUGGCUGGCUGGCUGACUGGCUGACUGACUGGCUGGCUGACUGGCUGACUGACUUGCUGACUGGCCCAGACCCAUGCAGUCAGUACUACUGGAGCACCACUAAUGCUACUGUAUAACCAGCAGUCCUAACCUCAUCUCUCUCUCCUGUCCUCCUCUUAACACGCUAGCUACAGACAGUACAGCUAGCUGCCGGUCCACUACACAUCUCCUCUAUAUGCUGACCUAAGCGGCAUCUAAAAAACCAUCUUUUCACACCCUUUAGUGGACUGACUGGAAGGGGAUCUGGAGAGCAAGGGCACGCACUCACACACUGACAUACACACAUGGACGCACGCAUUCUCUCUCACACACACACACACACACACACUGACUCUCGCGCUCACACACACACAGUCACUUAGUCAGAGCGGCGUUAGGCCGGCGAGGGGCUGUGGGUUAAUAUAAAGGGAUGUGAGAUGGAAAAAGAAAAUGGAAAGAUAUUAUAUAACAGGACAAAGGUUAAUAUAGAUGGAGACUUAUAGACACCCCGCCGGCCGCCAUGGGAGAGAGAGAGAGAGAGAGAAUGGACAUUAUAUAACAGAUCAAGCAUGGGUGUAUUAUUGGUGGGUUUAGAGGAAUGUUAUAUAAAGAGAUGGACUAGGGCUGGGCUAACAGAGGAACAGGGGACUGUGUGACCAGUUGGCCUAGAGAAAACCACGACUAAACUACUGUGCCUCUGUUUUGGUUGGAUGCAGUUAAACACACACCCAAAAUAACAGACUUACACACACACACACCAUCUCUCCUGGCUGCUUUGUGUGGACGUCACAAAAUACUAGUUAAUAAGACCAUUCACUAGCUGUGUGUGGAGGGACAUGACAGACCUGGGUUUAUUUAGACGUGUUUUCAAUGAAAUAAUUUCACCUGUGUGUGGUACCAUUUUAAGAGUUCCUGUAUGACUGUGUGUUGAUAUUGAGAAGCAUGGUACAGGUAAUAAUGGGACCUAAAGGUCUCAGUGUGUAACCCCAUAUUGGCCUGUUUCCCCACCAGUUAUUACUACAACAAGAGGAUCCUCCAUAAGACCAAAGGGAAGAGGUUCACCUACAAGUUCAACUUCAACAAACUGGUCCUGGUCAACUACCCCUUCAUAGACAUGGGCUCCACAGGUACCACUCACUGUGUGUGUGUGUGUGGUGUGCGUCACAGACAUGACUAAAUCCUUAAACACUGACUGUGCUAAUCCAUAUCAUUACUCAGGAGAAGAGUGUAUAUUACUCCCCUCAUCAUUGUAUCUCUCCUUUCUCUCUCCUGUCUUCCCUCUCUCUCCUGUCCUCUAACAGGUAGUGGUGUUCCUCAGAGUGCUCCCCCAGUGCCAACCGGAGCCGGAACUCAUUUCCGCUUCCCACCCUCCACGCCGUCCGACAUGCUUUCGCCCAAUGAGGACCUGCGUAGCCCAGGGGGCGUGUUCAGCGCCGUGGCUCGGCGCAUGGCGCGCGGCUCGGUCAGCGACUGCAGCGACGGGACCUCUGUCAACUCCGAGAUCGAGGACGGCAACGGGGGAGGAGGGGAGGAGAGAGGGGGAGAGAGAGGGCUGACUGGGGGAGGGGGAGGAGGAGGGUACAGGAGUAUGAUCCACCCCCGUCUGUCCCAUGAGUCUCUGUUCAGGAUGUAUGGUGGAGCAGGGAACCCCAAUGCCCACCCAGGUUCCCGCUGCCCCCCAGGACACAGGGUCCACCCCGACAACCUGUCCCCCUUCCCCGUGUCCCCCCUACCUGGCCCUGUGGGUGCAGGGCUCCUAGCCCCACCUCUGUCCCCAGCCCUGUCCAUGACCCCGUCCUCCCACCUGCCCUACACCCCGUCCCCCUCCCUCUCCCCCAUGCUGGGCUCACACUUCUCCUUCAACCCUGAGGAAAUGAAGCGCUACCUGCAGGCCCACCACCAGAGUGUCUACAACUACCACCUCAGCCCCAGAGCCUUCCUCCACUACCCCAACGUCGUCCUUCCCCAGCCACACCGCCUCGCCCAAGACAAGAGAGAACUGGGAGCAGAGAGAGAGAGGGAAAGAGGAGAACGCUCAGGUCUGAAUAGUCAUCGACACCCAUCACCCCUAUCCCAAUCCCACUCUCCUCACCCGCACUCGGCCCACCCCCACCCUCACCCGCACUCAGCCCACCACCACCCUCACUCGGCCCAUUCCCACUCCCACCCCAUCCACCACCCGCUGCACCUGGGUGAGGAGCCGCCUCACCUCUCGCCCUUCAAGUUCAAGCUGCAGCCUCCUCCAUUGGGCCGGAAGCAGAGGGACGGUAGCCAGGGCCACCACCCCAGGCAGAGCUCACUGUCCUCGUGCUCAGGGUCCCUGUCGUCCUCCGGUCUGGGGUCUUCCUUGUCCUUCGGCAGUGACCUGAGCUCAGCCGGCGGGUCAGGACUCAUCUCCAACUCCUCCUCCACCGGCUCCCUCAACAGCACUGGACUGCCCAAGAUCAAGGUGAGACACACACACAAGGGGACAUAGUCACUUUGAACUAUUUGACUGUAUGUGUUGAGGAUCCUGAUGGUAGCUAAAGCGUUUGUGCCUGUGAUAUCAACACUUUCUCUCUGUCUCUCUCUGUAGGUGGAGCCCAUCUCAGACAUUGAGUCAGAAGAGGAGGUGGAGGUGACUGACAUCAGCGAUGACGACCCCGAUGACCGGGGCGACGAGUACGACCUCUUCUCCCCCCGACACCCCCGGCCUCACCCCCACCACCCCAACGGGACCUCCUCCCACCCACACCCCAACGACGACGACCUGGAUGAGGAUGUCUUCAAGGCCCCCGCGCCCCCUCCUCCAGGCCUGCUGCCCUUCUUCACCUCCCACUACCAUUCCCACCCCCACCGCGGACCUCCCACCCUGAAGAGUGAGCCGGCCGAGCCAGGCGACACCCCACCUCCCCAGUCCCCUGCCCAGGGGCAGACCAAGUGCAUUCCCCUCAAGCUGCGCUUCAAACGGCGCUGGAGCGAAGACCAACGCAUGGAGGCCAUGGAAGAGCAGGACGACAAGAAAGUACGAGGGGAGGAGAAGGAGAGGGAAAGGGAGACGGAGAGGAAUGGAGGGAUGGAGGAGAACGGGGCUGGCAGUGCCCCCAGUUCCCCAGCCCUGGGGGGGUAUGAGUGUACCCUCCCGUUGGCUCAGAGGAGGGUGAGCCAGGACCUGCACCGGGCCACCGCCCAACUGUCACUGGAGAACAAGGACUGCUGA